AUGAAUGAUAAUCAACAGUUGUUGUUCGUAUUAUUUGGAAACACCGACGGUUUUAUAUUCUUACCGAAUCCUGAAAAUACAAAGUUACUUAAUAAUUCAAUAACAUCCGAAACAAUAAGAAAUUAUGAUAUAGACUACGGGCUCGGCGUGUCUACGUAUUUACGACAUGAAAAUUUAUUUAUCGUUAUUGAACCCGACGACGUCGAAAGUCGAUUAGAAUCGAUUCCUCAAAUAGUGGAUUUAAUCGUAACGUUAAACAUCGACAUUCCGAAAGUUUUGCUCUUUUGCCGAGGUUCCAUAGUGAUUGGUUCAUGA